AUGAAAGCAGUCGAAGCCGCGGAGGUCACAAUCAAACAACAGGUAUUCAUAUCGUUGAAUGAAUUGCACACAGCAAAAGCAUUCCUCUUCUCCAGUCAGCUCCUGCUAAGUCGGCCAGCCCAGUACCAACUUAAACUUCCAGCAGCAGACCUUGACAGUCAGCCACAUCAGCUCACCACUACAAACCCAGCUCCUGCCUUCCCAGCUCAGCUCCUGCUACAACAGCAUUACAGAUCAGCUCCUUCUCAGCACAUAUCAGCUCAGCAAGUACCAGCAGCAAAAGCAGCAUCAACACAGGAAUACUGCAUAAGCAGCAUAGCACACAAUCUCCCACACCACUGCUCCAUUAUCAGCAGCAGAAAAGUUAAAGAGAACAGCAGAAAUAAGACCAUUCUGUUUUUGUUGCAUCUGCAGGUUUGGAUCCUGACCUGUGAGAUGCUGACGAUGUAA